AGAAGAGAUGCAUCGGCGUGCACUGGAGGGGCGCGAGAAGAUUCUUGGACCCGACCACCCAGACACCCUAACAAGUGUCAACAACCUGGCUGGGGUGCUGCAAUCCCAAGGAAAGUACGACGAAUCAGAAGAGAUGCAUCGGCGUGCACUCGAGGGGCGCGAGAAGAUUCUUGGACCAGAUCAUCCAAACACCCUAUCAAGUGUCAAAAACCUUGCUACGGUGGUGCGGCUCCAGGCUGGGCCUGGCGAUGCAGGUACGAUAAGGCGGCGUCCACGGCAGGAACUUCCUGUAAACCCCGACAAUAUGCAGCCCCAAUCCUCUGGCCGUGCCCCCCGUCGUUCCCAGAGGAACACCGUCCUCCGCCAUUCACGUAGGAUCGCUGCCCGCCGCCAGGUCGGCAGGCCGCCAAAGUGAUUCGCCGUUUCGGAGGCUGCCCGGUUGCACCAGCUGUGUGAGUAGUGAGCUACUCGCUCCAACCGGCGAGGAGACAGUAGGAAUACACGGGGCAAAAGUGGUAGACUGUGUAGGACCAACUAGAAUGACAAACCAGUGGUCAGGAGUGGCAAGUUGCUGCAGUGUGGUCCGAAGGAAGUGUUGGGCAUUUUUCCGUCCUUUAUAUAUUUCUUUUCCUUUGUUACUUUUCACUUUUACCGAUGUAUUAGUUCCUAUGCCUUCCCACCCAAUACGAUACAUUCCUUAAUC